GCUUUCCUUGUUGGAAAAAGCAGGAUUUGGAGGUGUUCUUCUAUAUAUAGACCCUUGUGAUUUACCAAAGUUUGAAAAUCCAAGCGAUGAUAACUUCAUGGUGUCUCUGAAUCCAGGAGGAGAUCCUUCUACGCCUGGUUAUCCAAGUAUUGAUGGAAGUUUCAGGCAAAAUCGUCCAAACCUCACUUCUCUCUUAGUGCAGCCUGUGUCAGCAUCUCUUGUUGCAAAAUUGAUCACAUCAUCAAAAGAUAAAACCAAAAGUGGCAUCUGUAGCCCUCUAGAACUUCCAAAUAAUGAAAAAAUAAUGAUCACCAUGAAAAUUCAGACAAUUUCAACAUUCAAAACUAUUACUAAUGUUGUGGGAUGUUUGAAAGGCUUGACAUCUCCAGAUCGGUAUAUCAUGGUUGGUAGCCAUCAUCACACUGCAUAUGGCUAUAAUGGACAAGAAUGGGCCAGCAGUACUGCCAUAAUCACAGCUUUUAUCCGAGCCUUAAUGCUGAGAGUUAAGAGAGGAUGGAGACCAGACAGAACUAUUGUUUUCUGUUCAUGGGGAGGCACUGAUUAUGGAAAUAUUGGCUCAUAUGAAUGGGGAGAGGAUUUCCAUAAGGUUUUGCAGAAAAAUGCUGUGGCUUAUGUUAGUCUUCAUAAUCCUCUAAGAGGCAACUCAAGUCUCUAUUCUGUGUCUUCACCUUCUCUUCAGCAACUUGUUGCAGAGAAAAAUAAUUUCAACUGUUCAAGAGGAUCCCAGUGCCUCAAAACCAAUGUCAGUAUUGUACAGAUACCAGGUGAUGCCAAUUAUUUCAUCAAUCAUCUUGGAGUUCCCAUGGUACAAUUUGUUUAUGAGGAUGCUAAGGCAUUAAAGAAACAGAUGACAUAUGCAAUAGAUUCUCUACUUGCCCAAGGGAAAAACUCAUUUAACAUGCUGUGUAUUAAAGUGAAUCUUGUGGAUUAG